AUGGGUCCUAUGCUCCCUGGAAAGCCCCUAACCGCUCUCACGCGGUGCAGUUUCCCAAGCAAUGUGAAAGCCACAACGACGUUACGCUUUACCUCGACCUUGCAGGCACAAGCACAGGUACAAGCAAAGACAGCAUCCAAUGCCACCCUUCCUCCUCUCUCUGUUGUACCGACCCGAAUCCUCCUCAGAUCCCUUCUUGUCGCCACAAUCUCCUCGAAGAGAUAUCUCCUCAUUCCUGCCCUUUCUUUCAUGUCCUUCCUGUCCAAGCCCGGGAGAAGCUGGCUAUUUGAUGUCGAUCGCAAUCCUAUUCUCCACGGGAUCUUGAAGAAGACCUUCUACGAACAAUUCUGUGCUGGCGAGAAUGGAGCCGAGUGCAAUACUACAAUUCGGGAACUUAAGGACAUGGGCUUCCGUGGUGUGAUCUUGACAUACGCGAAAGAGACUGUGUUUGACCACAGCACUGGGUCUUCACAAGGUCUUGGUAUUACUGAGCUGAAGAGUGAGAGUGGUGAUGUUGCGAUCGAUGCCGCAGUUCAACCAUGCCCUAGUAUCGAGGCCUGGAGGGACGGAACUCUCAAAACCAUCGACAUGACGAGUGAAGAAGAUUAUCUUGCCGUGAAACUUACUGGUGCUGGUCUCAAAGUGACCGAUGCCUUUUCCAACGGAGACCUACCCCCACAACAAAUGAUCGAUGCAUUGGAUGAAAUUUGCACCAAGGCCAAGGCCCGCAGAGUUCGAAUGCUUGUCGAUGCCGAGUCCCAACACUUCCAAAAGGGUAUCGCCCGUAUUACGGUGGACCUGAUGCGCAAAUUCAACCGGGAUGGCUAUGCUACAGUUUAUAACACUUAUCAAGCCUACCUCAAGAGCACACCUACGACAUUGGCGAACCACCUGGCUGCAGCCAAGGAUGAUGGAUUCACUCUCGGCCUCAAGGUUGUGAGAGGUGCAUACAUUGCCUCGGAUGAACGCUCUCUGAUCCACGACACCAAGCAAGAAACCGACGACGCAUAUAAUAUGAUUGCCCAGGGUGCAUUGAAACGAAACAUUGGAGAAUUUGGUGACCAGGGCAGCCGUCCUUUCCCUUCCGUCAAUCUGUUUCUGGCAAGUCACAACAAAGAAAGCGUGGUGAAUGCACACAACCUCCACAAACAGCGGACCAAGUCAGGAUUGCCUACCGUUCCUGUGCGAUUUGCUCAGCUCCACGGCAUGUCUGAUGAAGUGAGUUUCUCACUACUUGGUAUGAACGAUGGUGAUGGAUCACCAGAGGUUUACAAGUGCUCUACAUGGGGAGGACUGGGCGAAUGUCUGGCAUACCUUCUUCGCCGGGCGAUUGAGAACCGGGAUGCCGUUCUGCGCACGGAUAGCGAAUAUCAAGCAUUGAAGUCGGAGACUUUCCGGAGAUGCAAGUCCGUCUUCUCCUCUUCAUAG